AUGAUCGUCAUGCACAAGGUUAAAAUAUUUAGAAUUCGCUUAUCGCCUCCCUGGCUGCGGCCGUUGUGAGUUGCGCUUGUCUAGAACGAUCACCAUCGUCAUCGGCAUCGAGCUAUUCCGUCUUAUUCCGAUCUGCACUGGCUGUAACCGUAACUUACUCGGCACUUCCUUCGGUCCCAGGUCGCCGCCGCCGUCGCCCAGUGCGCUUAAUGACUUAAUACUACUUACCGCGCCCGUUGUUUUGGUGCUUCCUCAGCGUCGCCGUUCUUCUUGCUGUCGGUGCUCCGGGGUCCACAGGCUUCCGCUCAUUCCAGAGGCAGAGGCAGAGGCAGAGAGGCUGCGAUGACGUCAAGCGGUCUCGACUCGUUUGGGAGGUUGGCGGCAUUGGCGCUGGUGUUGACAUUCGGCGCGGCACUGUUCAGUCAGUGCUCGGCCGCCACUACCAACCGACCCAUCGUCAUGCAUCCCGCUUUCGGAUCCGCCGGCAAACAGGCCGGCCUUCGCAUCUGGAGAAUCGAGAAUUUCGAACCAGUUCCAUACCCACCAAAAGACUACGGAAAAUUCUACUCUGGGGACUCCUACAUUGUCCUGAAUACCAAAGAGGACACAUCAUCAAAAGGCAAAUUCACUUGGGACAUCCAUUACUGGCUUGGUAACCAAACUUCACAGGAUGAGUCCGGGGCUGCCGCCAUCUUGUCCGUCGAGCUGGAUGACUACCUCGGAGGAGGCCCUGUGCAGCAUCGGGAGGUGCAAGAACACGAAACUCAACUUUUCUUAUCAUACUUCAAAUCAGGUGUUAGGUACUUACCAGGAGGAGUUGCUUCCGGUUUCAAACACGCUGAAACCAACGCCGCCGGAGAGAAGAAAUUAUACCAAGUCAAAGGAAAACGCAACAUCAGAAUACGCCAAGUGAACUUGGGCUUGGCCUCAAUGAACAAAGGAGACUGUUUCAUUCUGGACGCGGGAACCGAGAUCUACGUUUUCGUCGGAGCUAAGGCCAAGAGGACGGAGCGCCUUAAGGCCAUCAGUGCUGCCAACCAAAUCAGAGACCAGGAUCAUGCUGGCAGAAGCAAAGUUUUAAUCGUGGAUGAUUCUGCCACAGCUGAAGAGGUAAAGAAAUUCUUCCAAGUCCUUGGUGGAGGUUCCUUAAACGAGCUACCCGAUGAGAACUACGGAGGAGAUGACCAAGAAUUUGAGAACAAACAAGACGCAACAGUCACUCUCUACAAGAUCUCGGACUCUACUGGAAAAGUCGUUUCAGAAAAGAUUAGCGAAAAACCACUCACCCAGAAAAUGCUGAACUCAGAUGACUCUUUCAUCCUUGACACUGUGACAUCGGGUAUCUUCGUAUGGGUUGGCAAACGCUCCACAACUCAAGAAAAAGUCGAUGCCUUGAAAAAAGCUCAAGUCUUUUUGUCCUCUAACAACUACCCAGCAUGGACCUCCAUUACAAGGGUAAUUGAGGGUGGUGAACCAUCAGUCUUCAAAAACUACUUCAGUGACUGGAGAGAUGCAGCCUUAUUAGGAGGAUUGAACAAAGGAGGUAACAGCCCUAGCCCAAGCCCAACUACGAGAACCAGAACUGGCAGAGACGUCAGGCACAUUGAGCCCAGGUUAUACUGGUUGUCAAUUGAAAAUAAGUUGAACAUCUCAAACGUACCUGCUUACUCUCAAGAGGAUCUCAUCGAUGAUGAUGUCAUGAUCUUAGACACAGAUCAAAUCGUAUACAUUUGGAUCGGCACGGACGCCUCCGCAAGGGAAGAGCAAGUCGUUCAAAACCACACAAAGGAUGUGCUCGAUUAUAUCCAUGCAAUGACCGACAACGUUAGUUUUAUUAAGCAAGGCGAUGAGCCGGAGGACUUCAAAUCCUACUUCAACUCCUGGGAUCCCAACCUAUGGCGGACUCGGCGAGAGAAUGAGGACAAAUUUCUGUCUGGCUCGAAUGACAUAUUCUUGCACUCCGAGAAAACGCAUGUUUAAAUCCUCCAGCUGCUGCCCAUGGGAAUCCCCGACGUCCGAGGAAAUGGACGACAUCAUCAAAUCGCACAACAUGUACGACGGGCCGAACUGAGCUUUGCACGUCCCAUGGGCCCCGCGUCCUUGAAUUUUUAUUCCAUGUGAUCGAUCCGUCUGUACUCUCCUCCACCAGCAUAUUUUUCUACGUCUUUCAACAAUGACCCGAUUGCACCCGGGUGGAACGAGAGCCUCGUUUUGUUUUUUUGUCUGUUUUGAUUUCGUUUCGAAUGAAAUACGCAGCAUAUUUUUGUUAAAUUUUUUAAGUGUUUAAUUUGUCAUUAAAAUUUGGCUGUCCACCAAA